GUGCAGCCUACAUGUCCUACUCCGAGCAGCGCACGGAGGAAGUAGCAGACAAGCGCAUCGAGGGCAUGUGGAAGGCCUUCACUACACUGGUCGAGGCCACGGGCAACAAGGAGCAGGAGGUCUCGCAGGAGUACUUCUUCCUGUUUCUGGAGGAGAUCAGCAAGUCUCCGCGAUCUGUGGGCAUUUCUCCAAAGGAGGCCCAGAUCAUGUGGGAUGCCAUCGAUCGCGACAGAUCGGGGAGCAUCGAGCGGGAGGAGUUCAUCGGCGUGGUUGGCUUGAUCCAGUACGACUUCUGGACGACUAGGAAAGACUCCUUCGUCAAGGACUACUUCCCCAAACUGUGGAACAGUUCCAGGUAUCGGCAGUUCCGGGCCUUCGUGGACUCCGGGGAAGACUUGGAGCUCCAUGUGAUCACCCUUGAGAGGGUGAUGACUUUGAUCCUACUGGUGAAUCUGGUCCUCGUGGUCUUAGAAAGCUAUUACGACCUCAACAAGUGGGACGAGCCGCCAUGGAUGGACUCCCUAGAGCUGGCUUUCUCCUUUAUAUACUUAGGCGAAGUCGCCCAGAAGCUCGCCGUGUACUCCUUCGCAGAGUACUGGUCAAGCAUCUCGAACCAGUUCGAUUUCUUCACAACGAUGCUUCUGCUCUUCACGGCGAUUGCAGAAAGGCUUUUUGCCAGUGGCAUCGCGACUUAUGCCAACAUGCUGCGGCUUUUGAGGCUGCUCCGCGUGGUCAAGAACUUGAAGAACCUGGAGUCAGUGCAGUUCAUGACCGACACCGUCUCCAAGCUGGUGAUGGCAUCGAAGGACAUGAUCACUCUGCUGGGCGUGGUGGUGUUCUUCUUCUGCUGCGUGUCGGUUCAAGUCUUUGGUGGAGACCUUUACGAAAACAAUGCCCGCUUGGAGGGUACCGAGUACCUGGAGAAGCACAUGCUGGUGCUCAACUUCAACGAUGUGCCAUCUGCCUUCGGGGUCUGGUUCGUCAUGCUCCUCUGCGAAUACGAGCCGAACUUUCCAGAGGCCGUCUCCAGGACAUCCUCGAUUCCCUUCAGCUGGAUCAUGUUCCCGGUCUUCUACGUCUGUGGUGUCAGCAUCGUCUUCGAGCUGGUGAAGGCCUUCACCAUCGAAGUCUUCAUGUCUCUGAAGCAGCGGUGGAAUCAGCUGAAGCAGAAGAACGAGGGAAUGCACGGCAGUGCUACUGAAGACCUCGGCCUAGACAUGGAUGACUUCACCAAGGCUUUCGAGGAGAGGGGGGAAGUGCUGCACUACCGCGUGCAGGGACAUCCGUCGCAAAUGGCCAUGGUCAAAGAGGCUCAGGAGCGCAUGCUGCAAG